AUGGCAUCUCAAAAGCAUGUCGCGGAGGUUCCGCGCACAAUCCUCCCCCGCUUGACCUGGAACAGCUCCUCCUCCCGGCCCUCCGUCACCAUCUCCCACUAUCCCGCUCUCGGUCAAAAGCGACCACUCUCUCAGGGCUGGGCUCCUUCAAAACGAACACUCCACUCAUCAAGCUCGUCCUUCCGGUCUUCUCGCCUUGCUUCUACCACCUCUAGGGCUUUUGUCUCCGGUGCCCUCGUUUCCCGCCAACCCUCUCCAACCAAGCCGACAGCCCAAAACACAAACCCCAUCCGACAUAAUGGAGUAUAUGUCGCAACCUUCAACCCAGCUCGUCGCGCGUUCCAUGCGACUCCAACUCGCUCUCGCGACCACCACUUCGACACGCUGAAGUUCGUGAAGCGCCUUCAGGCCGAAGGCUUCAGCGAGGAGCAGUCUGUUGCCAUGAUGCGGGUCCUGAAUGAUAUCAUUCAAGAAUCAAUCCAAAACUUGACCAGAACCAUGGUUCUCCGAGAAGAACGAUCAACAUACACGCAAAAGGUCGAUUUCGCCAAACUACGCUCCGAACUCCUCAACUCAGACUCCACUGAGGCACAUGCUACCCGCUCACAACACGAAAAGAUCACCGCAGAUCUCGCAAAGCUCAACUCUCGACUUCGCGAUGAAAUUGGCCGCACACAGGCUUCUGUCCGAUUAGAUCUCAACCUGGAGAAGGGUCGGAUUCGCGAAGAAGCUAACAGUCAAGAAAUGCGCAUCAAGGAAACCGAAACCCGAAUUGAACAGGAGGUGGCUGGUUUGAGAGAACGUGUUGAAGCUGUUAAGUUCUCGACUUUGCAAUGGCUCAUGGGUGUUUGUACCGGUACCGCCGCUCUUAUUCUUGGUGCUUGGCGAUUAUUUAUGUGA